GUCUCGCGAGUCUAGACAGGCGGUCAUUUGUUUUCUCGUAUGACAUGUAAACACUUCACUGAAAAAUUCCUAUACAAAAUUAAACUAGUCACAUGCUUUGACAUGACUUUUUCGCGUUUUAGGUAUGAUUGAAAGUAAAUCGAAGUAAUAUAAGCAUUUUCGGGAUGAUUAUUUGAAUUUUGAUCGAAUGCAGUUGCAGUAGUGUGAUUUAUUUUUUUAAGUGUCGGAUAACCUUGUGAGUACCGGUGCAAUCCCAUAAUUUCGACAUGUUCCUGAAUUUAGAUAGGGAAUUCCAGGAAUUUUCAGUGUUUUGAAUGAUGUGAAAUGAGAUGGAUUGCGGUAUCCAGAGCGCAAUUCUCAGCGUGGCGCCUGGCGCAGAUCCUGGAGCACAGCCAGCUUUGACCACGACGGUCUUUGCGCCUCCUGACGUGGACCAGGCUCAGUUCGAAGCCGACAAACGCUCUGUAUACAAACACCCCCUUUUCCCUCUGCUAGCACUUCUUUUCGAAAGAUGCGAGUUGGCUACUCAGUCCUCGGACACCCAGUCCAGCGAAGCCUUCAAUCUGGACAUUCAGGCCUUUGUACAGCACCAGGAGAGAGACAGGAAACCGUUCUUGGCCAACGAGCCAGAAAUAGAUGGCUUGAUGAUCAAGGCGAUCCAGGUCCUCAGGAUACACCUACUAGAGUUGGAGAAGGUCCAAGAGUUGUGUAAGGAUUUCUGCAACCGAUAUAUAACUUGCCUAAAAGGAAAGAUGCAGUCAGAAAACCUUCUGAGAUCCGAUUAUCCCCAAGGUGAGAGACUAGAUAUUGCAGGUGCAUCAAUGUUAGGAGGGAUGGAGAGCAACAACAACAGUAUGAUGUCUCAUGGUAAUUCAGAAAGCGGUUCAGCCUCAAAUAGUCCUGUACAGUAUUCAAUAAGUCCAUCACAACAGCAAACCAUGACCCCCCAAUCAAAUCCCCUAGAGAGACAUGUGGAGAGUCAGAACUACAGCAUGCCUCCUCACCACUACGUGGGCCCAACGCCUCCAAUUCUUCAACCCCAGCAACAGCAAUCAUCCUGUGAUAACUUGGUGGUGCAUGGUUCCACCCCCCUGUCCCAGAUUGGAGUGAGCAUUGGCUCAGUACCUCCCAGUGACAGUUCAGGUCCUCUGUCUCCAGCCCCAACAACCCCUGGGGGCUCAGCAGACGAUUGCGACAGCGAUUUUACUUCGAGGGGUGGCAGAAAACAGAAGAGAGGAGUUUUACCAAAACAGGCCACUAGUGUUAUGAGGUCAUGGCUAUUCCAGCAUCUUGUGCACCCGUACCCAACAGAAGAUGAAAAAAGACAUAUAGCUGCCCAAACAAAUUUGACCUUGCUGCAAGUCAACAACUGGUUCAUAAAUGCCAGGAGGAGAAUCUUACAGCCGAUGCUCGAUGCUAGCGCACCAAACGAAAGCAACGGAGGGGCUAACUCUCCAAGUCAUAGAAAAAAGAAGAGCCAUAAUAAUAACAGGAGGUUUUGGUCUCAUGAUUUUGCAAAUAUGCAGCCACAACUUGCCAGUGGUAUGUUGUCCAGUUCAGAUGAUGAAGGAGAUUCCUAUAGCAGUGAUGGAGAGGGAAGUUUGGUUAUAGAUGCAAACGUUCAGAAUCCCGAGCAACCUGUUACCGUUCCCAGCAAUCAUUCUGUUGAACCUUUAGCAUAUACAAAUGGUACAGAGGCUGAAGGCCAGUAGGAGCCAAUGAGGUUAAGUAAUGCUUUCUAGAAAAGGACAAAAAACACCACCACCAAAUUUGACUUUAUUUUCCGCUAAAAAAUAUACCAUUGCUAUUCUACACAGUUUCAAAUAAUCUAUUGAAGUAGUUCAGUAUGUACUUUACCGAUUCCACAAUGGAAUAAAGUCAAAUGAGAAAUCGAAAA